AUGGGGUGGUGGUGGAGCUCAUCAGGUCAAUCCCAACAGCCCUCGCAAGCUUCCGCUCCGGACAACAAGCACGAUUCACUCCCGCGCCAGGCGGAAGACCUUCCACCUGCAGCACCUCCGCCGCAACCACGGCGACCAGUAACCCGCGAUGAGCUGGCGGACGCCGAACUCCAAGCAUUCCUCUCCGGAAUGAAAGCCCCCAACGAACCCAGCCAGCCUUCACAGUCACAAACCCCGCCCUCCUCCUCCUCCUCCUCCUCCUCCUCCUCCUCCCCCAGCCCAGCACCCGCCCUUCCACCAUCGUCCAUAAACCCCGACGCCCUCUACCCAUCCACCAUGUCCUGCCGCGACGCCUUCGACUACGCCUUCUUCUGCCAAUCCUUCGGAGGCCAGUGGGUAAACUACUACCGAUUCGGCGAGCUGCGUGACUGCAGCCAACACUGGUCGGAUUUCUGGUUCUGCAUGCGCACAAAGUCGUACUCCUCGGAGGACCGGGCGCGAAUGGUUGUGGAUUAUAAUCGGAAAAAGGCCUCGAGGUGGAAGACGGGGCCGACAAGCCAGGAUGUAUGGGAUAUCAGAACUGAGCCGGUCAAAGGGGCGUUUGAAGGGGAUUUUGCGGCGCUGGAGAGGGAGAUGAAGCUCGCGGAGCAGAGGAAUGAUGAGCAGAAGAGCGAAAUGAAGGUCACUGGAGUUGCAUGA